AUGUCGUUUGUUCGGAAUACUCGCAGUUUAAUGGGUCGGAGCAUCCAUAUGAUGCAAAAGCGUGGAUUCGCCGAUGAAAUGAAGCUUACGUUCGCAGCUGCUAAUCAAACAUUUUAUGAUCAAUCAGAGGUUCGCCAGAUUGAUGUUCCUUCAUUUAGCGGAAGUUUUGGCAUUCUUGCAAAACACGUACCCACUUUAGCCGUUUUAAAGCCUGGUGUAGUGCAGGUCAUUGAAAACGAUGGAAAAACUUCGAAAUAUUUUGUAUCUAGCGGCUCAAUAACGGUUAAUGAAGAUUCAUCUGUUCAAGUUUUGGCUGAAGAAGCACACAAGGUGGAGGAUAUUGACGUUUCUGAAGCGAAACAGCUUUUAUCACAAUAUCAAUCACAAUUAAAUUCUGCUUCCAGUGAAUUAGCUAAAGCGGAAGCAGCCAUAGCUGUUGAAUGUGCAGAGGCUCUUGUACGUGCUGCAGAAUAAGGAGUUUCCUGCAUCGUUAAGGGCAUACAAUAUGGUACAUUAAAUUAAUAUCUGUUUGAAUGUUCAAACUGAAAGUCAUGCUAAAAGUUUGAAUAAACUAUAAAAAUGUCGACGA